AUGAGCUCCCCAGAUGAGGUGUCUGUGUGGGGAACGGGUUUCGGCCCAGAGGGCGGGGAGCGGGCCGGCGUCCGCCCGGCCGGCCGCGCAGUUCCACUGGGACCCGACCGCGGCUCCGAGCCCAGGAAGCCGCCGAGCGGCAGGGGCGGGAGCGGCUGCCCGGAUCCCAAGGGCUUCCAGUCAGAGCGUGAGAUGCUGGAAGCGGGAGGGCCGGGGCUGUGUGGCCGCGAAGGCCGACCUGGCUCCCCGGAUGACGACAUGAGGGACCUCCUGGACCUGUUAGAGGAGUCUGAGGCGGGCACCACGCAGCAGCUGUACGACCGGGACGUCCUGGGCUUCCACAGGUACCCGUUGGUGGAGCCCUGUACCUCCUUCGAAGUGUCUGCCGGCCUCGAGGCGGGUCCCGGCGGUCCAGGAGCGACCGCCCAGAGCUGUGGGGAAGCGCCGCCGGCUCUGGCCGGCCCUCUCCACUUCAGUGGGCCCGAAGCGGGUCGGGCCUGGGGGAAGCCUAAGAGAGCCACUAAGCGUAGGUUGAAUGUGGCUGCGGAUCGCCAACGCUUCUCCGAGGAAGCCCUGGGCCUGCUGCUAUCCGACUCCGAGUCCUCAGAUGAGUUCAGUGACACAGAGCUGAUGACGGUGAGUACUUACCCCGGAGGAGGAGGCCAGGCCGAGCCCAGCAGACCCGAGGAUCCCGGGGACACUCCCAGUCACUCGAAUUUCCAAGUCAGGGAGAAUUUCCUUCCCGUGACAGGCUCUUCCCUGUCCUCGGCUCUGCGAGGACUCUCUUCGGUUGUGGAAAGGCAGGGCGUGGGAGAGCAGGGCAUCUCUUCCCCUAAGAAAAUGCAGAGCGUGCUCUGGGGGAACGGGGGCAGCAAGCCCAGCUACCCGGGAGCUGCUGCUGCUGCUGCUACGGCAGGUGGCCUGCCGCAGGUCACUCCUAGGAAGAAGGGGACCCUGGAGAAGAAAUCCCUCGGGGGAGCCUCCACACUUGCCCUGGGGAAAAACUUCCCUUCCUGGGGGCAGCGAAUCUGGGCACCUCCGCUGGAACCGGCCACCUUCCCCCCAGUCUCUGGUAUUCCGCUGCUUGGGAGAUCCAAGAGGUAUACCUUGGUCCCUUCUGGAACCAAACAGGCCAAGCACACCAGCGCUGGGAAGAAAUCCGUGGUCACGUGGACAAGGGAGUCUGAGGCUGUGGCGGGAGAAGAUAAGGACCCAAAUAGAGACCCAGCCCCAAAGGGCCAAGUGAGUAGGCCAGGCUCCUCCUCUCUCCCCACUCUUCCCCACCCCCACCGCACCCAGAGCACACGUCUUCACCCAUGCUGCCUCUGUCCACCCCUCAGGGGUCGUCAUUGGGUGCCCCUCGGUCACUGGGUCAUUAUGAUGCCUGAUCGGGCUCCUUUUACUAGGGACAAACAGUAA